CAACAGCCCCGGCAGGGUGGCCACCCUGCGGGCGAGCGUCAGAGUCGCGCGUACCUACGCGAGCGAUUCUCCGCUUCAGCGCGUCGAAACGUGGCCGAGAAGUACUACGACUGUCUGCAGUGUGCGGAACAGUGUCGUCACGUGACCAGCAUCGUGACCGUUAACAACAACAACAACGCGAACAGCACGAAUAACAACGUGAAGCUCACCCAUAAAAGCUCGAAGACCAACAACGCCAACCCAAAGAACGUCACGAACAACUGUCGUGCGACCAAUUGUAUUAAUUCCUCGACGAUCAAAGACAACACCAAGAUCCUGUCCCGCCUGGACAGCUCCAGGCAGCAAAGAAACCCCAAGAUCAGCAAUCUGUCCAGGUCCUUGAAGAACCAGCCGUUGCCUUUGACCCCGGCCAAGAAAAGAUCCUCACUGGCUCGUCCAGUCCGCGUGCACGACUCAUUUUCCCAGCCGAGAAAGCUGAUGCCCAUAAACUACGCGUUUCAGAGCCUUCAGAAAAGGGAGAUUAACGAGUCAACGUAUGAGGAUGAUGAACAGGAGGAGACCAGCUGGCCUAUCAGGCUGAGGCUCGAGCAGAUGCUCGAGCUGACCCUGCCGCAGACCAAGAAGAAGAGGAGGAAGAAGUCGAUUAGGCUGAUGAAGCAGCAACAGCAGAACAGGCACGUCUGCAAGGAUACUGAAAGGCUGCUUCGAGUACUUAGCGUUAACAAUGUGGACCAAGAUAAUAGGUACAACGUCACACGAUGCUCUGUCAUGUAAGGACUGUGUGGAUGGUCGUUAAUGGAAUCCCAGAUUGAUGCUUGGGUGGGGCCAGGACUGAGGAUUUGAGCUGACAGUACAGAUCACUUUGAAUGUUAUUCGAGAUUGAGCACGCUUAAUGACUCUUGGAUAAUUGCCAUGGACAGUACUAAUGGUAGCAAUAGA